CGCCGAGCCCCGCGCCCGCCGCUGCCGGACCCGCGCCGCCGCCGCCGCCGAGCACCAGGUCCGGGAGCCAUGGGCGGGCACGGCCGGCACCGGGCGGCCCUCGGCGGGCUGCCGUGAGCCCGGGCGGCCCUCGGCGCGGCGGGACGAUGGGCUGCGGGCGCCGGCGGGGAGCCGCGGUGCCGGGCGCGGCUGUCGGGGCGGCGUGCCCGGGGCUGUAGGGCCGGGCGGCGGGCAGCAUGCCCGGCGGCCCCUCGCCCAGCACCCCCCGGUGAGGGAUGAGGGGAUGAGGCCGCCCGCCGCCCCAGCAGCUCCGGGGACUGCCGCAGCACCCCGCGGCCCUGAGCCAUGGUCAGCCGCGAGCCCGUGCCCGGCCCGGCCCCCGCCGGCGAGGGCAGCCAGGAGAAAGCCAUGACGGUGCGCUCGGUGCUGCUCAACCGCGACUCGCCCGACAUCGAGAGCCGCCUCAAGCGCCGGCGCAACCGCACGCAGCAGGUCCGCUUCAAGGACCUGGUGGAGGCCGGCGCGGGGCGGGCGGACAGCCCCCCGCCCGGGCCCGGCCCCGGCCCCAACACCGCACGUGCCUCGCCGCCCCCCAGGGACCCCCCUGAGCCGGCGGCUCUCCGUGCCUCGCGGCGCAGCUGGCCCCAGGCGCAGCCGGGCUCGCUGACGCUGCCCAUGCCCAGGAAGGCGUGCAUGAGCACCGCCAUCCAGACCUCCCCCAGCCUCCAGAAGCCCUUCCCGGCCCCGCAGCCCCGCAGCAAGAGCGUCUGCGAUGUGGCGGAGGAUGCGGCAGCGCCCGCCGCGGCGAGCGCCCGGUGCCCGGGAGCGGCCGUGCCCCCCGGCAGCCUCCCCGGCCACGACCCCACCGCGGCCAGGGCGCGCCGCACGCCCCCGCCGCCACCACCCAGGGACCCCCCUCCCCCUUACCAGGGCGCGGCCGGGUGCCCCGCUGCCCGCUGCGCCCCUCCGGUGCCAAGCUGCGCCCCCCAGCCCUGCCCGCCACCCCCAGCCUGUGCCCAGCUCCGCGGGAGCCCCCGCGGCAGCCACGGGCUCACCCCACGGCCGGCCUCCGUGCCCUGCGGGCAGCCCCGGCCGCCCGGCGAGCAGCGGGGGCUCGGCCGGAGCGACUCGGAGCGGAGCCUGCCCUGCGGCCGCCCGGUGCCCCCGUGCCAGCCCUCGCCGCAGCGCCGGCAGCCCGUCCCCGCCGCGGACACCCACGGCCCCCGCCGGCCACCUCAGGGCAACCCCCCGCGGGACCCCCCGCCACCCCAGCACCAGCUCUGCGCCCUCUGGGGGGGGCCCUGCUGCGCCCCCCCAGCCCCCGUGCCACCGGCGCCGGGCUGGCACGGCUCGGACAGGACACCGGCCACCCCUGGCACCUGCGGCCGGCUCCGCGCCGCCGAGCCCGGGCACGGCUGGGCAGGAGCCGAGGGGCACAGGGAGCCGCCGGGCACGGCCCCGCAGGGCCCCGGCGCGGGGACACGAGGGGACACCCCCCGGCACGGACAGCCCCCGGACACGCGGCACCACGUGCAGGACCUUCUGCAGCUGGUGGUGGUGGCCAAGGGGCCGGUGGCAGCACCAGCGAGGGCUGAGGACGCCCGGACAUCUCAGGGAGAGGGCCCCCGGGGGCCCGGGGAGCAGGGGGACCUGCAUUCCCAGCUGCAGUCCCUGGAAGGGGUGCUGGAGACCAGCCAGCAAACCAUCCGGGUGCUGCUGGACGUCAUCCAGGACCUGGAGAAGAAGGAGGCGCAGCGGGAUGGGCGACACUCGUACCGGACCGGGCAGGACAUCGCCAACUGCGGGACCUGCCGGGACUGUGCCUGCAUCAUCUACAGCGUGGAGCACGAUUUCCGCCAGCAGGAAGGUCGCUUCCAGCGGGUUCUGAGCCACAUCGAGGGCGACCCGGGGCCGAGCUCCCCCCCGACAGCGCUGGGGGCGGCGGGGGUGGCGCUGGGGGCGGCGGGGACCACCUCACCGCCCCGGCAGGAGCCGUCGCCCGUGUCGAGGCUGCCGGCGAAGCUGGACGUGAAGAAAUCCCGGCGCAAAUGCUUCUGGUUCCUGUGAGCCCGGGGGGCACCGUCCCAGCACUGACCCCCUGCCCACCUCCCCUCCCUCCCUCCCACGGUAGGGUUUGGGUAGCACCAGCUUUUCUAUUUUUAACCAUUCCGUUGAAGGCGGGGAGCUGGGGUGUGGAAGCGGCGAGGGGAGCAGCGGCUGUAUUUAAGGAGAAUUCAAUAAAUUCCAAGGAGACGCUAUUUUUGUUAC